AUGGAUCCAAACUUGGUGAAAUUAAGAGAAGUCGCUUCUCUAAUAACUGAGAGUGUGGAAGAGUUCGAGUACAACUUGAUGAAUGUUAUCCGAGAGAGCAGCCCUGAGGUUGUCAUAUUAGAUGAUAUUAGUGUCUGGGAAAGACUUGGCUUGAGUACGACUAGUGUCCUCAAAGUUGUAUUGGAAGCUAUGCAUACCGUAAAUAAAGGCCUAGUUUAUGUCUCAAGUUCACUUAAUAAUCAGACUUUCAAACGGUUGAGCUUAUAUGCAGACACUAGUAUCACUUUAGAGCUGAUAGGCGGUGGAUUUGGGAAAGAAGUCACGGGAAAGCUACAUAUUUCGUCCAAGAGUUGUUCCUUAGAAAAUCAAAAAACUGAACUACUGUAUUUAGCUGGUGAUCGGUCAAUCAAAUGUUUUUAUCCAGGCGAUGCGAGCCUUGCCUAA